GCUAAGCAUUAUGCAUAGUUUGAGCUGCACUUACGAUCUAUAAACUGGCGCAAAAGUAGUGCAAAAGUAAUUGUUGCCACGCACUGAACUCGUCGAUAACCGCCGGCAGUCGGGGUCUGCGAUUACGAGAUCCAGACGGACAGUCGCAGCUAACCCGUCUAACUAGUUGACUUUGGGACACUUAAUCCGCGACGCCCAGGCCCGCGUGGCAGCACUCCGUCGGAGUAAAGUCAGGCGACUCCAGCGCUGACCAGCGCCAGUUCUGAUUGGAACGGCCUUCCGAGCGGUACACACGCCGUACUCCGUUGCACACUCUUUGAUCUGGACGCAGGUCGAUUCGUUAGGAUGAGGAUGUUACGUCUGCAGUUGCUGGCCCUGCUGGUGGGCCUGCUCCUGGCGCUGAUCUCAGCCGAUCCUGUGCCCCAGGAUACGGAGGUGGCGCGGGAGAAGCGCGGCACUGUCACCCUGGACUUUGGCCUGCUCCUGCGGAACCUGCUGCUCAAGAGCGCCCAGUUGUCCUCGGCCAAGGCCAAUCUAGCGCGGACCACCCGUCGCCCGCCGACCACCACCACGACGACCCCUCCACCGCCUCCGCCGCCUUCUCCCAUACGCAUUCGUAAGCCCAUAUGGCAUCCGUUCUUCAGUUCCGGCUUUCUGCCACGGGACUACGAUGUGGACUACGCUGAUCCUCCGGCAGCGCAACCUCCAGCGCCUCCGCCGCCCACUGCGCAACCGCCUAGACGCGUCCGACCGCAGGUACGCCCACGUCCUCGCUCAACGACACCGCCACCGCCACCGCCUCCUCCGCCCAACUAUGAUUACGACUAUGACUAUGAUGCACAGCCUGCAGCGCCAGCUGAAGCUCCACCACCUCCACCUCCCCCACCGCCGCCCACAGCUCCGCCACGCCCAAGGCCACGGCCGCGCCCACGACCACCACAGCCCGAUCCUCAACAGCGGCGUCCGGCCCAGCUGGGAGACCGCCUUAUCUAUCAGUACGCACAACCUACUGAUACCUUCUUUAGGUCGCGAGCCGUGGCGGAGGCGACGGCGGCGGCUGAUCCAGACAGCGGAGACGUCGAUGGCUCCCAGGCGGACUCAGUUGCAGAUCCGGAUGCAGCUGACUUCUCUGCUACUGCUGCUGAGGCUAGCUCCGAACCUGCUAUUCCCCCUCCAAGUGCUCCGCGGUUUUUGGUCAACUACGAUAGCGAAGAUGACUUCAGGCCGCCGUUCGCUGGACAGGAUGCAGUUCAGGAUCAGGGUCCAGCAGGGGCUCCUGGAAUUCCCGCAUCAUCCCAAGGCUACUUCCCGCCCCUCGAGCUAGGCAACCUGAAUCGCUUCCCGACUUUCAAUCAGCAGCAGCAGUACUUCUAUAACUAAGCGGUAUAGUUUCUCAUUUCACCAUCGUGUGGCAAUAAAAUUAACUUUGCAGCCUUGAAAUAUUAUUUGUACAUAUGUAUAGCUUAUGUAUUGCAGUGUGUGCUUAAAAUUUACCAUAAACUAAUUUUUAAUUAUAAGUAUCCAUUUUUUUUUAUUCCCAGUUUGCAUAAUUAUAAAUAAUAAUUCAAAUAAAAUAAU